AUGUGUAUCCCCUUCCCCGGAUUGAUGAUCUGCUUGAUGCGAUCGGGUGUGCUAACUACUUCAGCAAGUUCGACAUUCGGCAUGGGUUCCAUCAUAUCUUGGUGAAGGAAGAAGAUCGGCCCAAGACCGCCUUCGUUUUGUUUGAAGGCACGUGGCAGUGGGUUCGGUGCCCGAUGGGAAUCUGCAAUGUGCCUGCCACGUUUCAGCGGGCGAUGAACGCGACUUUUCAGAAUUUCAUCAAUAAGACACGGCUGACUCAGGGGAUGAUUAACUUCUGCGUCAUUGUGUACAUGGAUGACAUUCUGGUGUACUUGGACACGUUUCACGGGCACGCACAGCACAUCGAAUGGACGUUGGGUGCGUUGAGAGACGCAGGUUUCAAGAUUGCGCUGGAAAAGAGCGUGUUUUUCCUCCCGGAAAUCUCGUUCUUGGGGUAUGUGGUGACACGAGGAGGCCUGCGGCCGGACUCUCGAAAAGUCGCGGCGGUCAAAGAGGCCCCGGUUCCGACCUCACUGACGCAGGUUCGAGCCUUCUUGGGCCUGGCCUCGUAUUACCGGCGGUUCAUCAAGGGGUUCGCGGCUAUAGCAAGGCCUCUGACAAACCUGCUGCGAAAAGAACAGCCCCUUCAUUGGGAUGACGAGUGCAACCAGGCCUUCGGAGCCCUGAAGGAUGCUCUCGUCACGGCCCCGAUUCUGAUUCGACCGGACCCCUCUCAACAGUUUAUUCUCAUCACCGACUGGCAGCUGGAGGCUAUCUCGGCCAUUCUAGCAGAGAAGGGAAACGAUGGGAAGGAGCAUGUCAUUGAGUACGCUUCCCGGACGGUGUCAGACGAGCGACGAAACGAUUCCGCGCCACAAGGAGAAUGUUAUGCGGUAGUGUGGGGUAUCCAACACUUCCAUCCGUAUUUGUACGGUCAAAAGUUUCUGCUCGUCACCGACCAUGAACCUCUGUUGGCUCUUAAAAAGCUAACCAACUACACGGGCAUGAUCGGACGAUGGGCAGUGCGGUUACCGCCGUACGAGGACGAAUUGGAGGAGAUAAUCGGCGAAGAGCUCGCGGAAGAAAGUUCGGAGGAAGAGGAGGAGAAUCCGAACGAAGACGAAGAGGGGCCAGGACAGCAGCGAGAAGGAGAAGAAGACGAACUCCUGCAAACGGAGAACGAAGAGGAAGAAGAAGAAGAAGACAGCGAGCAAGGGAGCGGUGACGACAAUGACGAGGAGCACGCCGACGAGGAUCCCCAACUAGAAAUUGCACCAGUUGUUGAUCUUCCGAUCAGCAACGAUCCAAUGCUCGACCCGGAGCCACCUCAGCCAGACGACAGCGAUGUGGCCCAGAUGGUUGGGCCGUCCGCUGGCGAGCGGCCUCCUUCCCCACCACGACACUAACGACGAAGCCGCUCCCCCUCCGCCUCCCUCUCCCUCGCGGCCCAUCCCGCACUUCGAGCACGUCGAGAUGAGGUCGA